UGCACGAAUCUUAGUGAUCAGCUUUGUGGUGCUUGCAAAUGCUGUAGGGCUGUCGGGGUGGAGCCAACGGGAUGUCGUGACAGCAAGCGCGUGGGAAAAGUGGUGCCCCUCCUUCCCUCAACGAAGCUCUGACGCAAGCGGGGCCAGGUCUCGGCCGCGACAUUUCUAAUGACAUCGGCCAAAACAACAACCUUUACCUUACUCACACCUUCUGUCAUCUCGCACUUGCAAUUGACCCUACCUCUGUCCAAUUGUCCAAGUUUAAACAUUUAUACCCAAACCCCUAGUCCCGUAACACAACAUGCCCGGCUUCGCACAGGCUUCUGACCUCAACGCCUGGUCGGCGCUCCAGGACCACCACCAGAAGCUUGGCAAGGACAUUGUCCUGAAGGAGUACUUCAAGAAGGACCCUCAGCGAUUCGAGAAGUUCAGCCGUACCUUCAAGAACGAUGCCGAGAACUCCGAGAUCCUGUUCGACUUUUCCAAGAACUUCGUCACCGAGGAGACACUGAAGCUUCUCAUUGAGCUUGCGAAAGAGGCUGGCCUCGAGAAGCUCCGCGAUGACAUGUUCGCUGGUGAGAAGAUAAACUUCACUGAGAACCGCGCCGUCUACCAUGUCGCCCUUCGCAACACCUCCAACCAGGAGAUGAAGGUCGAUGGCCAGAGCGUCGUCGAGGACGUCAACUCUGUUCUCGACCACAUGAAGGAGUUCAGCGAGCAGGUCCGCAGUGGAGAGUGGAAAGGAUACACUGGCAAGAAGAUCGACACUAUCAUCAACAUUGGUAUUGGUGGUUCUGACCUUGGUCCCGUCAUGGUCUCAGAAGCUCUCAAGGCCUACUCCCAGCGCGAUCUCAAGAUCCACUUCGUCUCCAACAUCGACGGUACCCACAUCGCAGAGGCUCUCAAGGACUCCAACCCAGAGACCUCCCUCUUCCUCAUCGCCUCCAAGACCUUCACCACUGCCGAGACUGUCACAAACGCCAACACCGCAAAGUCAUGGUUCUUGAAGAGCGCGAAGCAGGAGGACAUUGCUAAGCACUUCGUCGCCCUCUCCACCAACGAGGAGGAGGUUACCAAGUUCGGUAUUGACAAGAAAAACAUGUUCGGCUUCUCCGACUGGGUCGGUGGACGUUAUAGUGUCUGGAGUGCCAUUGGAUUGAGCGUCGCUCUCUACAUUGGCUUCGACAACUUCCACCAGCUCCUCGCUGGUGCCCAUGCUAUGGACAAGCACUUCAAGGAGACUCCUCUUGAGCAGAACAUUCCCGUCAUUGGUGGUCUUCUGAGUGUCUGGUACUCCGACUUCUUCGGUGCCCAGACCCACCUUGUCUCUCCCUUCGACCAGUACAUGCACAGGUUCCCUGCCUACCUCCAGCAAUUGUCUAUGGAGUCGAAUGGCAAGGCCAUCACCCGCAGCGGCGACUACGUCAAGUACACUACCGGUCCCAUCCUAUUCGGUGAGCCGGCCACCAACGCCCAGCACUCCUUCUACCAGCUUCUCCACCAGGGCACCAAGCUCAUCCCUACCGACUUCAUCCUGGCCGCCCAGAGCCACAACCCUGUCGAGGGCAACAAGCACCAGAAGAUGCUUGCAUCCAACUUCUUUGCCCAAGCUGAGGCCCUCAUGGUCGGCAAGACCCCCGAUGAGGUCAAGGCUGAGGGUGCGCCCGAAGACCUCGUCGCUCACAAGACCUUCCUGGGUAACCGACCCACCACAUCCAUCUUGGCCGAUAAGAUCACACCUGCCACUCUUGGUGCUCUGAUUGUCUACUACGAGCACCUCACCUUCACCGAGGGUGCCAUCUGGAACAUCAACAGCUUUGACCAGUGGGGUGUCGAGCUCGGCAAGUCGUUGGCCAAGAAGAUCCUGUCUGAACUUGACGAGUCCAAGGAGUCUACUUCUCACGAUGCUAGCACAAGCGGUCUCAUCAACGCCUUCAAGAAGAAGUCCACUUUGUAAACGGAUGAUGAUGUGCGACGAGGCUGUAAUGGCUGAAUGACUUGAUGACUGGAGGAUAGAUUAUAUAACAAGCAUCUGAAAU